AUGAAGCCUUAUUUCGGGUUGAGGGGCACUGCCCUCAACAUCAUGAUCAGUAUCAUUGCCGGCCUUGAUUUCUUGCUCUUCGGUUAUGACCAGGGGGUCAUGGGUGGUCUAUUAACACUCAACUCAUUCGUUACUACUUUCCCAGAUAUCGACACCACCAAAGCCGGCUUGCUUGGCCUCAGCCGGUCUGAGCAGAGCCAGCGUUCUACCGUGCAGGGUAUCACCACGGCUUCGUAUAACCUGGGAUGCUUCUUCGGGGCUAUCUUCUGCAUCUGGAUUGGAAACUAUCUCGGCCGUCGCAAGACAAUCUUUGUCGGCUCCAUCAUCAUGGUUAUUGGUGCGACGCUGCAAUCGUGCGCGUACUCACUCCCUCAUCUGAUUGUUGGCCGUAUUGUGACUGGUCUUGGCAAUGGCAUGAACACUUCUACCGUCCCCACAUGGCAGUCCGAGUGCAGCAAGUCACACCACCGUGGCCGGCUCGUCAUGCUAGAAGGUGCCUUGAUUGCUGGUGGAAUCACGAUUAGCUACUGGAUCGACCUUGGGUUUUCCUUCCUCGACCCUAGCCCCGUGGCUUGGCGCUUCCCUAUUGCCUUCCAGAACGUCUUCGCUCUGGUGAUUAUGAUCUUUGUCCUGCCUCUGCCCGAGUCCCCCCGCUGGUUAAUCCUCAAGGGCCGGGAAGAGGAGGCUCUGGAGGUGCUAUCUGCUAUACUUGAUAUGCCGGAGCACGACCCGUAUGUGCAUUCUGAAUUCGCCGCUAUCAAGGACGCCGUACUGGCCGCUUCGAGUGUCAGUUUCCGCGACUUGCUGACAAUGGAUGAAAACCGUCACUUCCACCGUGUCGUCCUCGCCUACGUCAACCAGAUGUUCCAGCAAAUCUCCGGUAUCAACCUUAUUACGUACUACGCUGCUACGAUUUACGAGAAAUCGAUUGGCAUGGAUGGGCUGAUGUCUCGAAUCCUGGCUGCUUGCAACGGAACGGAGUACUUCCUCGCCUCACUGAUCCCUAUCUUCGUCAUUGACAAGAUUGGACGUCGCACGCUGAUGCUUGUCGGUGCUGCUGGCAUGUCGAUUUCUAUGGCUGUGCUCGCUAUCACCACCAGCUUUGUCGGUCAGAGUAAGCCUGGUAUCGCCGCUGCUGUAUUUCUGUUCGUCUUCAAUACAUUCUUUGCUUGGGGAUGGCUUGGUAUGACCUGGUUGUACCCAGCCGAGAUUGUUCCCCUACGUAUUCGUGCUCCUGCCAAUGCCCUGGCUACCUCCGGGAACUGGAUUUUCAACUUCAUGGUCGUCAUGAUCACACCUGUCGCAUUCGACUCAAUUGGAUAUAAGACUUACAUCAUUUUCGCAGUCAUCAACGCUUUCAUCUUUCCUGUCGUCUACUUCUUCUACCCCGAGACUGCCUACCGGUCCCUCGAGGAAAUGGAUACUAUCUUCCAGAAGAGUACCAGUAUCUUCAAUGUUGUUUCCGUUGCCCGCAAUGAGCCCCACCGCUUCGGCAAGAAUGGCGAGCUUCUCAUCAACUACCAAGACACCGAGGAGCAUCUGCGCCGUGCCAGCCAUGUUUCUGAAAAGCAGAUAAAGGCUCUCUCUUCGGGCUCAGAUCUGGAGGCUGGCAAGGGCACGCAUGUCGAGAACAACGGUAGCUUCUCGGACAGCAGCUAA